AUGGACACGGCGGAUGCAUUGACAGCAUCAGCUUUCCCGAUGCCCUCCCUCGCUCAACCAAUCUACUGUCCACCAGCUGACCCGAGGGACGUACUCACUCUCAGUGACCGGACGUCCGCCCGCACAAUGACCAACCUCGGAUCACCAUCCGCCUUCUCUAUUACUUUUGAUAACUACAUUGUAGCAACCGUCCGGUGGACCGACGCCCGCGAGCGCGGGUCUACUGCAUGA